AUGUUGAAUGAGGGCCCCGAGCGUGACGAACAAAGGCUACGAUUACAGGAGGAUAUUCACGCCUCCAAGCAGUGUUUGGAAAUCUGCAAAGAGGUAUCCAAGCAAACCUCUCGUCAAAAGAUACACAUCGUUGGAAAAAUAGUUGCUGACGAUAACACCGAUCAAAUGGUUGUUACAACUCUUGCCGAUUUUUUGACGUUGGCAAAGUAUUGGCUAAAAGCGGAUCUGCACAAAUACAGUCGUUUUGGCACCGCAUCCAACUAUCCUGGCCGUGCACAAGUUCGCAACACUGCCUUGCCAGCAAGUUGCACGAACCAAAACGGCGACAACCAUACUCCAUACCUAUCGAACAAGGACAGACAAUCCCCAGAUGCGCAUUUGAAGUCUGCCAGACCAUGCCCUAAUAAGGUUAGAAAACGGGCUGCCGAAAGCGGUGGUGCAUACCCGAUGUGA